CAAUCUUCAACGACGUGAAGCCAAGCCAAAUGAGAAGCAAAUCACACACGUAGACACACACUCAUCACAGAGAGAGAGAUUUGUUCGAUUCGUUCAUGUCGAAACCAACUCAUCUCCAAAUCUUCAAUUUCCCUCUCGUUCGGUGACCGAAUUCCACACCGAUGGGGCGCAGCUCCGCGAGUCCCGACCGAGUCUCAUCCGGCGACGAAGACGACAGCGCCGCCGCCGAAGACGGCGGCCUAGGACUCCGCUCGAUCGGCGACCGAUUUCUCUUCAAGCGCAGCUCCAAUUUUAAUCCUAACCCUACCAACGCCGCUAACGGAGGCAAGGAUCGCGGGAGGGCGGCUUCGUCCGCGGAUCGGCGCCGAUCGCAUCUCCAUGCCCGGUCCGGGGCUCGGAGGCUCCUCUUGUUUCCAUUCAGAGGCAGGUCUUGGUUUUACUUGUUCUUGUUCUUCGCCGUGUUCGCGUUCGCGCUGGCUUCGAUGGUGCUGCAGAGCUCGAUCGCGUCGCUGUUGCGUCCGGGGAGUGUGAGGAGAAAGUCCGUGCUGGAUGGUUUGAAGUUCGGGAGUUCGUUGAAGUUCGUGCCGGCGAGGGCCGGGGAGGGGAUCGGUCUUGAUCGGUUGCGGAGCCAGUCUAGACUUGGCGUUCGGCCUCCUAGACUUGCACUCGUCUUAGGAAACAUGAGCAAAGAUCCAACAUCGUUGAUGCUGUUUACUGUGGUGAAGAAUCUACAGGAACUUGGCUAUAAAUUUAAGAUUUAUGCAGUAGAGGAUGGUAGAGCACAUUCUAUGUGGGAGAAAAUAGGAGGCCCACUCACAAUCCCAAGUCCUGAGAGAUAUGGCCAUAUUGAUUGGUUAAUGUUUGAAGGUGUCAUUGUAGAUUCUCUUGAAGGAAAAGAUGCUAUUUCCAGCCUUGUGCAGGAGCCCUUUUGUUCUGUACCGCUUAUAUGGAUAAUUCAAGAAGAUGCCCUUGCAAAUCGUCUUCCAGUGUAUAAGGAAAUGGGCUGGGAAAAUCUUCUCUCUCACUGGAAAAAUACUUUUAGCCGAGCUGAUGUUACUGUUUUUCCAGAUUUCUCCCUACCAAUGUUAUAUAGUGUGCUUGACACUGGAAACUUCUUUGUCAUCCCUGGAUCACCGGUAGAUGUGUGGGCUGCAGAAAGCUACAGUAAUACCCACUCCAAAAUUCAGUUAAGGAAGGAUAAUGGGUUCGAUAAAGAUGACAUGCUGGUUCUAAUUGUUGGAAGUUCUUUCUUCUACAAUGAACUGUCUUGGGACUAUGCAUUGGCAAUGCAUGACAUAGAACCCCUGUUAGUCAAAUAUGCGAGCAGAAAUGAUGUGGGGGGGGCAUUUAAGUUUCUCUUCUUGUGUGGAAACUCCUCUGUUGGAUACAAUGGUGCUUUACAGGAAAUUGCUACUCAUUUAGGAGUCCAUCAAGACUCAUUAAGCCACUAUGGGAUGGACAGUGACGUAAACGGUUUGUUAUUAAUGGCCGAUAUUGUUCUAUAUGGCUCCUCCCAAGAUGUACAGAGUUUUCCUCCCUUGCUUACUCGAGCCAUGUCAUUUGGCAUCCCAGUCAUUGCACCUGGGUGCACUGUCAUAAAAAAAUAUGUUGUAGAUGGAGUUAAUGGGAUGGUUUAUACAAAACAUAAGCCUGAUACAUUGCUUAGAGCUUUCUCGCUCUUAAUAUCAAAAGGAAAACUCUCUAAAUUUGCUCAUGCUGUGGGUUACUCUGGAAGGCAGUUGGCUAAGAACAUGCAAGCAUCAGAUUGCAUUGCUGGCUAUGCAAAACUUUUGGAGAAUGUUCUCACUGUCCCAUCAGAUGUGCUGCUGCCAGGGCAGAUUCAGGUCAAACAAGAUGCAUGGGAAUGGAAUUUAUUCAGGGAGGAAAUGGAAGAAAGAACUCAUGAUGUGGGAAUUUUGGAUCAGGACUCAUAUAUGAGAAAAUUGAGUGUUGUUAGUGUCCUUGAGGAAGAGUUGACCAACCUUUUUGACUUAAGAAAUACUUCUGAGAGUGAAUCUGAGAUGUUGGUGCAGGACUUUCCUACUGAUCUAGAUUGGGGUGUCUUAAUGGAGAUAGAAGGCUUGGAAGAGGUGGAAAUGCUGGAGGAGGAUGCGAUUGAAGAAAGAAUGGAAAAAGAUGUUGGUGAGUGGGAUGAUAUAUAUCGCAAUGCUCGAAAAUCUGAAAAACUUAAGUUUGAAGCAAAUGAAAGGGAUGAAGGAGAGCUAGAGAGGACUGGCCAGGCGAUGUGCAUAUAUGAAAUAUAUAGUGGAACUGGGGCCUGGCCCUUUUUGCACCAUGGGUCUUUGUACCGUGGAUUAAGUCUUUCCAGAAGAGCACGGAGAUUGAGAUCGGAUGAUGUGGAUGCAGUUGGACGGCUUCCAUUUUUGAAUGACACAUACUAUCAGGAUAUUCUUUGUGAGAUAGGAGGGAUGUUUGCUGUUGCUAAGAAUGUUGAUAACAUUCACAAGCGUCCUUGGAUUGGGUUUCAAUCAUGGCGUGCUGCUGGCAGAAAGGUUUCAUUGUCUUCCAAAGCUGAAAAGGUUCUGGAAGAAAUAAUAAAAACGGAAACUAAAGGAGAUGUAAUAUACUAUUGGGCGAGCCUGGGAACAGACGGUGGACUUUUGGGAACUAAUGAUGUCCUUACUUUUUGGUCUAUGUGUGACAUCUUAAAUGGAGGGAACUGCCGAACUGUCUUUGAAGAGGCUUUCCGCCAGAUGUAUGCCUUGCCAUCACAUGUUGACGCUCUUCCUCCUAUGCCUGAAGAUGGUGGUCACUGGUCUUCCCUACAUAGCUGGGUGAUGCCAACUCCUUCCUUCCAAGAGUUUAUAAUGUUUUCCAGGAUGUUUGCUGAUUCUCUCAAUGCCUUGCACACCAAUUCAAGCAAAAUCACCACCUGUUUGUUGGGUUCUUCAAACCUUGAGAAAAAGCACUGUUAUUGCCGGAUUCUGGAAGUCCUGGUCAAUGUGUGGGCAUAUCAUAGCGCGCGGAAGAUGGUUUACUUGGACCCUCGCUCGGGUUCAUUACAAGAGCAGCAUCCAGUCGAAGAGCGGAAGGGUUUCAUGUGGGUGAAGUACUUCAACUCUACUUUAUUGAAGAGCAUGGAUGAAGAUCUCGCCGAGGCUGCAGAUGAUGGCGAUCAUCCAAGUGAAGCGUGGUUGUGGCCUCUGACCGGGGAAAUAUACUGGCGAGGUGUAUAUGAAAGAGAGAGGGAAGAGAGGUAUAGGCUAAAGAUGGAUAAGAAGAGGAAAACAAAGGAGAAAUUACUCGACAGGAUGAAGCAUGGAUACAAGCAGAAGUCACUGGGUGGAUAGGACGCAGCCUUAAGAACACAACCACACUUGCAUAUUCUUUUUUCUUUCUUUUUUGACAACUCCCCCAAUAUACGGCAACUGAAACCAAAUUUUGGUCCUCAACUGAAAACUAGGAACAAGCUCAAGCUGGUACAGAUCAAAGGAGAGCAAGAUUGAGAUUCUUUCUAACAGCAUCAACAUUUUUUUUUUGACUGACAGAAGGGCUGAUUUGCAGUUCCACAUACAUAUGAUAUGCUUGACGGGCAAUUUUGAAGCCUUUUGCCUUUUGUUGCUGUGACCAUUUCAAGCGGCUCUAAAGACAGACAUUACGCAGGAAUUCCAAGCCAAGGUGCACGCCUAAUUGAUCUCAAAUUCUUUUUGUUUUGUCAUUAAUUUUUGCAACAUCGCCAGCAAAACCCUUAUCAUUCUUUCAUCAAUGUACAUACCCCCACCCCCACGCACAAAUAACAAAAUGAGUUCUCUUUAUUAGCAUAUCAAGUUGUUGACUUAAUUUUCUUGUUUCUGUUCUUCUGAUUAUUAUUAAUUAGCAUAUGAAGUUGAUGAA